AUAACAAUCUGCAAUGGCUACUUCUACAUUAUUUUAAUAAUAUAAUUAUUUAAAUUGUACAAUAAUUAAUUACUUUAAUAUAAUUAGAAUGAAAUAUCAAAUUUAAUAAUCGACUUAUCGUGCCUUAGAUUGUGACUGAAAUAAAUCCUUGAUAUAAAUAAUGGCAGAAUCAACAUCAUCUGUUGCUCCUGUUGAUCAGGACAUCAACGAACCAAUGUCACCAGAUAUAUUUUCUGAUUGUGAAGCGCAGGAUUCAGGACCACCAGACACGGGUGAAUCUUGUCCUGCUGAAUUGAACGAACCGCAAUGGGCUGAUGACACCCCAGAAUGGAAGGGAGUAAGUAUGGAUGAAAUUUAUAAAGGUCUAGGACCUUUUGGUUAUCAACAGCAGCCUCCGAUCCGUCCAUCUGAACAUCACACAGUAUUAUUCCAAUUGCCAAUUCCUAACAGAGGACAACCAAAACCAUAUCCAUCUCAGCCGGUUGAUAAAUGGUGUACAGAUUAUGUGCGAAUGCCGCACUCUCCUCAAUCUCUUUAUCCCGUAGAAAAAAAUGAUAAAGAAUGUGAGUUCCGCGUAAGAUGGGAGGUAAUUCAGGAAGCAUUAUUACAAAGUUUCGCAAAUAGUCUACAAUUAGAAGCUGCGAUUUUAUCUUACAAUAGUAAAUACGCUCCAAAAUGGAAUUUCAAUGCCUUACAUUAUUUUUUUGAAGACCUGAUGGAUGAAGAAUCUACUGAAAUGUUUUUCAAUAAACUGCUUCCUAAGAUGGUACAACUGGCUCUUCAAUUACCAACACUUAUAACUGGUCCCAUUCCUUUACUAAAACAGCAUUCAAAUAAUUCAAUCAGUCUUAGUCAACUCCAAGUUGCCUCAUUACUUGCUAAUGCAUUUUUUUGUACAUUUCCACGUCGUAAUUCAGUGAAAUACAAUACAGAAUACGCAACUUAUCCGUUUAUUAAUUUCAAUGGAUUAUUCUCAGCUUACCCAGGAGAACAACCAAGUACAGUAACUGAAAAACUAAAGUGUCUAUUUCAUUAUUUUCGAAGAGUUACAGCUUCUGCUCCAGAAGGUACCAUCACAAUUAAAAGACGUUUUAUUUCAAAAGAUAAUUGUCCAAAAUGGGAUAAAGCGAACUGUCCAUUGCCUCCAUUGCAUAUUACUAGUAAAGGGACCAUUGAAACUGAUGGGGUUGGACUUCUUCAAGUUGAUUUUGCUAAUAAAUACGUUGGAGGAGGAGUCUUAAAUCGGGGUUGCGUCCAAGAAGAAAUUCGUUUUGUCAUUUGUCCUGAGCUCUUGGUAACUAUGCUGGUAACAGAAGAACUAGAUGAUACUGAAGCGCUGAUUAUCACUGGCGUUGAAAGAUACAGUAAAUACGAAGGAUAUGGUAAUAGUUUUAAAUGGGAUGGUAAUUUUGUUGAUGAAACUCCACGUGACAGCAGUGGAAGACGUCAAACUACGGUUGUUGCCAUAGAUGCUUUAUAUUUCUCACAAGCAGACAAACAGUUUCACGGGAGAAAUAUUAUUCGUGAAUUAAAUAAGGCAUACGUAGGAUUUUCUUCUGUUGAAAUGCCUGAAAGGAAUUUAUCUGCUAUAGCAACUGGCAAUUGGGGAUGUGGAGCGUUUCGAGGAAAUCCACAACUCAAAGUUUUAAUUCAAUUAAUGGCGGCAGCGGUAAGUCAGCGACCAGUUGUUUACUUUACAUUUGGUGAUAAACAUUUACGAGAUUUUGUUUCUGAGAUGUACUGGCAUCUUAUCAAACACAAUAUCAGCGUUGCUCGACUAUUUGCUAUACUUCGAGAAUACGGACGUCAAUCUGUACCUAAUCAUUUGUAUUUCUAUCAUUUCUUGUAUCACCAUGCACAAAUAAAACCUCUGACGAGUUACUUUAAAGUGUCACCGCCAAAACUUACUCAUCCAACAAAAAAUUCACAAAUAAAAUCACCUAAAAAAAGUGAAGCAACGAAAUUAUUAGCAAUGACUGCAAAAAAAUUAUCAGUUCAAAAAACGAAACCGCCGGACGUUGAAGAAGAGGAAAAAAUACGGAAUUUAUUAGAUGAUGAUGAUAAUGGAGACGAUAAACAAGAUAACACAUGUAUUAAAAAUAUCAGUGAACAUAGUGAAGACAAUAGUACAGUAAAGACAGAAACGACCGAACUGAAAUGGGAUACUUGGAAGAGUAAAUUAAAAUGUCAACAAAGUAAACCCAUUGAAGACAACAGUACACACACGAAAGAAACAAUUGACAAUAAAAAAUCAUUAUGGAACAUUAUUGCUGAGAAUGAGAAUGAGGAAGAUAGACUUCGGGUUAAAUCAACAAAAAAACGAUUGACUGGUCUUGAAGCUUUGAGUAAAAACGAAUUAUUAACGGAUGAUGACUCAUCUGAUUCAUGUAGUGAACAAGUAGAAAAUGUCACUGAAUCAAAAAAUUUCAAGAAACCUGAAAACAUAAAACAGGAUCUUCGUUCAGUUGUUUCCGAACAAGUUGAUGAUGUCAAUAAAUCCUCAAGUAAUCUUAAUACCGUCAAUAAUUGUAAAGUAAAAAAAUCUCCAAGUCCUGAAAAAUCAAAUGUUCUGGAGACUGGUCAAAAAAAAAUUCUAGACUACUUUUCACGGAAAAAUUAAUUAUUAAUAAUUAUUGUAAUAUAUGAAAGUUAAGAUUAAUACAAAUUAUAAAUAAUUAAAAUUAUAACUUCUUUUUUUUUUCUUUAUUUUUAAUUAUCCAGAAAUGUUUCUUGACAACACUCAAGGGUGUU